AUGCAUACGCAUGAUGAGAAGCUCUCUGUUGCUACAAAGGUUUGUACAAGCUAUCAAUAAUUGUAUUGACCUUUGCUAACACAAUUUCCAGGCAGAGGGUGCGAUCAAGAAGUCCGAGGGUGCCAUCACUGGCAAUGCGGCCAAGAAGGUAUGUCUGGUGCCGUAGCUGAGGAGUACUCGUUUUGCUAACUAUGCCAGCCCUCGCCGCGCCGCCGCAUGGCCAAUGGUGCAUCCGAUCAAAUGGUUUCUCAGGAAGUCGACGGUGUCGGCUGGGGAAGCAUGAUACACAGGUAAAUAUUAUUUCUCUUCCUUUGAUCGUCCGCUUGGAUGUGCUCAUUCCUAAUUCCUGACAAGUUCAUUGACUGAAAUUGCAAUAGCUGGAGUCCGACAGUUCCCAGAUCUCCCAGUAUUCUGGACUCGCCGUCACGAUUGGCAGUCUGGUCAAGCCAUGCAUCCACCGAUCUCUCUACUCAAGUCUCCUCACUACACUCCCUGCCAAGCUCUCUUUGGCAGCAAGAGUGGCGCGUGGAGAUGCUCCCUUUACUGGCUCUCCACAAGACCAAAGCACUCAACCAUCACAACAAAUCAAUCGGCAAGCACCUAAGCAUGUGUCUGUCAACCACACUCGCCACCAAGAUACAGUCAAACAGCAUGGCAAGUCUACACAUAGAUUUCUCCGAGCAAGCUCAAGGGCGUAA